GUCUAGAGCUAAGCGUAAGGCUUGUAUGCAGGCUACUUUUUUCGCGCUCUAAUUAGACAGUGGCUAAUUUUACAAUUUUGUAUGUGCGGGUGUUUUAGUGUUCCAGUGGCAAGAAAGGGGUAGCUGGCAACUUAUAGGUAAGCCAUAGUACGCCUUCGGGAAUCCAGAUCCCAAUUUCUACAUACUUAGGUCCAAGGCGUUUGCAUCUGCUUGUACGGGCACUAAGCGAAUCGAUCGCGAAAAACCAGGCCAUCUUAUUCCGUUCUGCUCCAAAUUCGUCCUGCAGCCAUGCCAAAUCGAUCAAGCGGCGCAAGAGAAGCGCGCGUAUCUUGUCACAUUUGCCUGGAAAUCGCUCGUGUAUUCGCCACAGCCCUCUCCGACGAGUGUCUUUUGACGCUAGGGAGUACCGAGCAAGCUUUGUCCGGCUGUAGAGUGCACGUCACCUUUUUUCUUCGAUUAACCAGCCCUAAUUGGCGUGAGGACGGCCUUAAGAAGAAAGAAAUAUCGCGGCUGAAGCCGAAGGAUAGGACAUAUCUGCGAGCUUUUCUGAACGACUCCUUGUACCCUCCCCUGGAGCUGGUAAAGAAAGACACCGUCCCAAAUCAUGUCGGCCUAGGUCGAGUUCUUGAUGCGGAUUGGAUCGACCACGCUACGUUGCGAUGUUGGUAUUGAGCGCUGUCGUCAGGAUUAUGGCAGAGAGUGCGAUGUCCACGAUAUAUGCAAGGACUCGCUCCCGCAAAACCUAGCUUGUUGGUGGAUAGUCGGACUAAUUGUCUCGUAUCAGCUCGACGAGGAGUUAGCUACAUUGCAUUGAGCUAUGUCUAGGGCCACGCUGACUGUUUCAAGACGAAGAAGAGCAUGCUAGCAGAACUCAAAUUACCCAAUUCUCUUUCUCGUAAGCAUAUUAGCUAUUAUAUCCCAACAACUGUUAGAGACUCAAUACGGGUUACCUCGAUUUUAGGCCAACGAUACCUGUAGGUCGAUUUACUUUGUAGCGUACAAGAUGACGACGACUCAAGGCAAGGCGAACUAAAU